UCUUUUUCAAGUUGAAGGAAAUUUGUGUAAGACAGAAGUGUAAUCCGUGAUUCUUGAAAAAUUUGAGGAAAUGGUUUCUGACCUUUCGCCUCGCGAAGAUAUUGCGUUUCCGAAAAUCGUCAAAGCAGGAACUUCGACCGUAGACGAGUCCGAAUCGAGCGGCGACCAUGUAGUUGUGUUGUCUUAUCGGUUGGAUUCGGAAUCGGAUGGUGAACUCGUAAAACUUAAUUGUGACGAAGUCGGGCCGACUUUAGGUGACGGAGUCACGAAGAUCGAAAAAACCCCCGAGGGAGGAACUCAGAAAUCUCAAAUUGAAUGGUCUGAUUCCUCAGUGGUCAAACACGAAUCUGUUGAGCUCAUGGAUAUGUCUGAAGAAGAAGACUUCUCCCCUGGUGACUUGACUACCGCACGACAAAAUGAUGACCCUGUUCCACCGCCAGUCAAGUUCCGACGAGUAGAGGAUGUUCGCACCGAUUUCACUGAAGAGGAUAAAAAUCUAUCCGUUCAUCUAUAUGUUAAAAGUAUCCGAGAAGAUUCUCUGACCGUUGAUUUCAAAGAACAGUCAUUUAGCGUCCUGUUCAACUCAUCGGACCAGAAGUUUCUGAGUUCACAAGCUACAAGUGACGACGAAAAUCACGAGCUAUUUCUCUGGGAUGUUCCUUUACGAGAUCAAAUAAAUACGGGAUCAUGUCAUUAUCGAGUGUCCCAGAAUAAGCUCGAAUUGAAGCUUUCGAAGAAGCAGCCAGCGAUCUGGGGAGGAUUUCUUCCGGAAGCAAAAGUUGUUCCCAAUGUUCCAGUAAAUCCGGUUCGUUUCACAUCUGCUCGACCCACAAGUCUUCAAAGAGAGAACGCGAAUGAAUUUUAUCCUGGAGUCUUGAAACCUACCCCCCGAAGAGCUGAUACAACCUCUCGCAUCACGAGUGGGAAAGACCUGAGUUCUCGAAAUGUUGAUCCAAAUUUGAACACACGCAGUGAUGUUGAUCGUGAAGCGAAUAAUAACGAGGAUCACGGGUUUUCUAGCGACGAGGAAGACGCUGAAGAACGUAUUCCUGUAAAAGUAGUUUCCCCUGGUCACACAGGGUUGGAAAACAUCGGCAAUACCUGUUUCAUGAAUUCAAUAAUCCAAUGCAUAUCAAAUACACGGGAGUUGAGGGAUUAUUUCUUGCGCGAUGCUCACAAACCGGAGCUCAACAGAACAAAUCCACUUGGCAUGCAAGGGAAAUUAGCGGUCGCAUUCGGGAACCUUUUGCAUUCCAUGUGGUCCGGAAGGGAGAUGUCCGUUGCGCCAACUUUAAUUAAGAAAAUUUUAGCUCAUAAAGCCAGUCAAUUCCUUGGCUUUGCCCAGCAUGAUGCCCACGAGUUCAUGGCAUUUCUUCUGGAUGGACUCCAUGAGGCAAGUACGGAUCUUAAUAGGGUUGUAGACAAACCCUACACACCUACAGUCGAGUCUCAAGGCAGACCCGAUGGCGACGUAGCAGAUGAAGCCUGGAAACUUUACAAACGGAGAAAUGACUCCAUAAUAGUGGAUCUUUUUCAAGGACAAUACAGAUCCAAACUGACUUGUCCAUCUUGUAAAAAAGUAUCGAUAACCUUUGAUCCGUUUCUGUAUCUCUCCGUUCCGCUUCCGAAACGCAAAAUGACCGUGGAACCGAUUUUCUUUCGGCUUAACGGAACUGCCGUCCCUUUAAAGCUAUCUUUGAAAAUCGCUUCCGAUGCGAUGAUGAGCGAUUUGCUUCAAGCAGUUGGCGAUAUGCUAAAGAUUCCUGGGCAUUGCUUGAGAGUCGCAGUGGUCAGUGAAUCAGUUUUUGAUGAAUUCCCGUCAUACCGAACAACACUAACCCAAGCGUUGCAUCGAUGCCCUCGUGGUCGAUUGAUGAUCUACGAAGUUUUGGAUGAUGAUGCUGAUGAAAGUGCGGAAGAUCCUCUCAUUGAAUUCAGAGUUAUCCAGCGUUUGGAAAAUCCACCAAAGCCUCGGAAUUGUGCGCUUUGUCGUCAUGAUCAGUCGGACAAACCCUUACGUUGCAAUGGCUGUUACCGCGUUGCGUACUGCAAUACAGGAUGCCAAUCUGAGCAUUGGAACGCGCAUAAGCAACAAUGCAAGAGAUUCUGUGACCCGAUUGGGAAACCAUUCAUCGUCUCCCUCAGACGCUCUCAGGCGACGUUUGCACGUAUAGUUCACUUGCUUGAAUCCUGUGCAAGGUUUUCUGUGAAUGUAAUGCAGCCGCCUGUCGGUGGAUUUUCUGACGGAGUUGCGACGUGCGGCAUUAAAGACGCUUCAAUUCCCAGCUCAGACGCUGGACGUUCUUCAAAUGCGGCCCGUGAUAACGUUACGGCGAAACCCUCUGGAGACCUGGUUACGCUUCAGUUUUCAUCCAGUGCUAGUGAAGUCGAAGGGGCUCCACCGCCGCCACCUCUGCCGCCGCCGCCGCCGAAAGCCUACUUUCCUCGGAAUAACCCCGACAUCACAGUGCAGAAACUCACUUCACCGAUUCAGUCGGUCCUCAAGCAUCGCCGGCUGACUGACUCUACGAACCUGACCGUUUCCGUUCCGGAAGUGGCGGCCGAGUCGGAGGACGACGCUUCGCCGGAGGCGAAAGUGAAGUCUGGGAUGAUGCGUGAACUGGACGCCGAUGACAGUGAGGAUGACGAGGGACCGUCUGCGUUGCCGCUGCUUGACGGAGAAGAAGUGAGAGAUGUGAGAAGUGAUACGAGUGUGGAGUUGCAAGUCUCGCGGAAGUUCCCGCAGUUCGACGUUUUCCUGGCGCCGGGGAUGGCCGCAGUGCGAGUGCAUUCAUCGCAGCUCAAACAGUUGACUGAUAACGCAGGCGAUAAGCCGAUUGAGUUCAAUUGUUCACGCGCGGAGGUUUUCUUGGAUUGGAGAAAUGACGACAAGAAACAAGGCUUUGUGAUUGUCGAGAACAAGCCACUGAAUGCCCGGGACUAUGUUCCCCCGGAAGAUGUAUCUGAGAAAAAUUCGGGGUUUCCUUCUACGUCAUCGUCGGAAGAUUACGGCGACUCCUUUCCGCGACGUCCGAUUUACAAUAGCAGUCGGUUCGUUUACGGUGCCAUGAGUGGGGAUGACGACAACGACGAGGAAACUCACACUGUGCAUGACUGCUUAAGGUUGUUCACGGAGCCGGAAAGGCUCAGUCCAGAGGAAGCCUGGUACUGUUCGGGCUGUAAGAAACACAGAGAAGCAACGAAGGAAAUGAGCUUGUGGCGUUUGCCGAACAUCUUGGUGCUGCAGUUGAAGCGAUUCUCUUUCAAGACCCUGUUGUGGAGGGACAAGAUAAAUAGAAUGAUCCGGUUCCCAUUGAGGGGACUUGAAGUGAGUCCGUACUGCGCUGGUGUUUCGGGACAGAAACCAGUUUAUGACCUGUACGGAGUCGUGAACCAUUACGGAUCAAUGAUUGGUGGACAUUACACGUCGUACGUCCGGCUAUGCAAAGUCGACGAUUCUCGCUUGUCUGACGUUGGGUGGAGGUGUUGUGACGACAGUCGUGUCGCGCCCGUGGAGGAGGACACUGUCAUAUCCCGGGCCGCCUACGUCCUAUUCUACAAGCGACGCAAUGAGAGUCCAAGUCCGUCGACGUCCAACUUGUCACCAUUCGUCACAUUGGCGUCGCCGACGCGUUCUUCUUCUGCUGCUGCUGCUGUGACGGCGGUGGCGAAUCAUGACGACGACGGCAACGACGCCGCCCCGACGGUCACCAAUCUUUGAUCCGUUUCCCUCUUGGAUUGUGAAUUCAACGUGUGUUUUUUUCGAAUUCUCCGAUCGACUCUGGGGAAAUUAGCGUUGAGAUUGAUUCAAUGAAGGUUUUUUCCAGGAAUUCUAUUUCGUGGCAGCGUUUUAGAGAUCUCUUAUGAUUUUAAUGUUGCUGGUGGAUCUAGUCGCAAAGCGUCGAUGAGUUCUGCUUGCGGUGGCCGAUCGGGUAACGGAAACCGUAUACUGCGUUAAGCGAAAUUGUUUUCGCUGUGUAAUUUGUCCAUUGCUGUAAUCUAAUGUCGAGUUUUUCAUGCGAGAAAGACUGUACAGUGAAAAAUGAACUCGUUUCCGCUUUGAAAUGUUUUUCUUCGAAUGCGAUCGUGAGUGAACUUGCCGGGAAAUUUCGUUCGCCUUCGAGAGAAUUUUAAAAAAUUGUAAUGAGAAAAAAAUAUGUCAGUCGCUAGUAUCUUGGUUGAAUUUUUCCGCGUCGGUUAGUUUGGCGAGUUAGCUGUUCAGAUUGACUGAAAUCUGUAGAUUCUAAAAAAUCGAUUUAUGGCGUGCUAAAGGUUUCAUUGGUGUGAAAUGGUUGUCUGGUUUCUGUGCGAAAUCACAGGAAUAAAUUGGAAACUUGGUUAUUUAGAAUAUUUAUACGAUCAAAUGAAGGAUAAUGACCAUUUUAGUUACUCGUCGGUUUGAAAAAAAAUCGCUAGAUUUGUUAAGAAAGUUGAAAGACUAGAAGGGAAAAUAUUGUUAUUCUGGCAUCAAUUUUUUUUUGCUACUCAAUCCGUUCGUGACAAUUACCAAGUAAAACGUGGUUGCAAUUUUAAUCUCCUGCAAGGAGUGGGUGCCAAUUGAUGUCUGAAAUGGACGAUCUUCUCUGGUGAUGCCUCAAUAUCCGAUAAUUCAAGGGUGGCUUGUGGAGUUGAAAACGAAAAAAAAAAAAUUGAUGGACAUUUUUCCUGGACUCCGCUUGGAAAUGAAACAACCUUUUCAGUUGUCGAUUUUGUUGCGCCCCAUAAACCAAGGUGUGAUGAAAAAUCUAAUUUUAACUUCAUUCAUGAGCGCAUCGGAUUCUCGAACGGCGGAUAAACUUGUUUGCACCUCUUUUCCCGUGGUUCCGGAAGGCGUGGGUUAUUCUUUUUGAAGAACGUGUGCCAUGUCUUGAAAAAUCCGGAAACAGAUUAUGAUGCAUUUUUCUACUCUUCCGUUUUCUUCUGCAUUUGUUUUUUUGCACGAUGGCGUCA